CUUAGACUCCGCCCCCUCUUUCCAUUGGUUAGACAGGAGACGUUGUUCUGCUUCUGCUUUAACAGGAGAGGGUCACGAGUGAAGUUGAAACAUUUUAUUUCGUGAGUGAUUCGAAAAGAUUUACUGGUCAAGUCCAACGUGUCACCUUUUCCAGGGAUGGACAGGCUUGGAUGUGGGACGUGGUCUCUGGUGGUGUUUGCCAUCUGUUUUGUUUCUGUUCUCGGCCGUCCAUCCUCCCUUCUCACCCAUCUCCCGUUUUUUUCUGUAUGGAACGCGCCAACGGAGCGCUGCAUGUCUCGAUUUGGGGUCAAACUGGACUUGAGCGUCUUCGACAUCGUGCUCAACAGCAACCAGUCCUUCAUGGGCGACAACAUCACUAUCUUCUACUCGGAUAAGUUAGGUGAGUAUCCUUACUAUGGUAGAGAUCAUGAACCAGUGUAUGGAGGUGUUCCUCAAAAUGCCAGCCUGAAACAGCACCUCCGGAAGGCUGAGGGCGACUUGAUGACUGACAUCCCAGAUCUGGGAUUUCACGGGCUUGCUGUCAUUGACUGGGAAAAGUGGAGGCCGCUGUGGGAACGGAACUGGGACGCUAAGGAAAUCUACUGGAAUGGCUCCAGGGCUUUAGUGAAAGCCAAACAUCCUACUUGGAAACCGAAGCAGAUCGAAGAUGAAGCUGUGAAGGAAUUUGAGAACGCUUCGCGGGCCUUUAUGGAGGAGACGUUAAAACUGGGCCGUAGAGAGCGUCCUGGAGGGCUGUGGGGGUUCUAUGGCUUCCCCUGCUGCUAUAAUUAUCAGUACAAGAAGAACGAGACAUACACCGGUGAAUGUCCUGCUCUGGAGAUGAAGAGGAAUGAUAAACUGACCUGGCUUUGGAACAUCAGCUCAGCUCUGUACCCUGAUAUCUAUCUGGAUCUCGGGCUCCGGGGCCGCGGUCAGGAUAUCUUGCUGUACAGCCGGCAUCGCAUCCUGGAGGCCGUGAGGGUGAGGGAACUGACCACCCAUCGGCCUCCAUCUGUCUUCCCCUACGCCAGGAUCGCCUACACUUACUCCAUGGAGUUUCUCUCACAGGAGGACUUGGUGCACACCAUCGGUGAGAGCAUGGCUCUCGGAGCUGCUGGUGUCGUGCUGUGGGGAGAUGGAAACUACUCCCAAACGAAGGAUGCCUGUCUAGCGGUUCAGGAGUACCUUGAUGACACGCUCGGCCACUACAUUGUGAACGUGACAGAGGCUGCGUUUCUGUGCAGCAAGACCGUGUGCUCGUCCAGGGGCCGUUGUAUUAGGAGAGACCCGAGCAGCACAGCCUACCUGCAUCUGGACCCAGCCGAAUGGUCCAUCGUUCCCAGAGCUAAGCUGCCCGGGACUGUUACUGGGGGUCCGUCUUAUGUAGCUCACAGGAGGUUCAGGACGGUUGAAGGAGAAACAAGUGGAUUCGCGGCCAGCUUUAGGUGCCAGUGUUUCCCGGGCUGGGAAGGAGAACAGUGUCAGAAACCCGUACCUGUAGAGCCUUCUACAUGACAGAAAUGACUAGAAGACUGAAGCGGUUAAAGCUCAGGUUGGGUUAACAAAUACAAGGAACAACACAUUACCAUUGUGGACUUGACAUUACAUGGUGACUGUGCCUUUAACAAACGUGCUUGAAGUCAUUUUAGAUAAAGCAUGUGCUAAAUGACCAUGUGCUCCAUGCUUGCUAGUUAAACUUUAUCAAAUAUGAUGAUUUUGUAAAAAUCAAGAUGCAGUUUAAUUUUGAGUGUUUGUUUACAUCAAGCACAUGUAAACCCUGAGAAUGCAAACUAAUGUUGAUUUUAUUGAUAUUAAUUAAACGUAUCCAUAAACAGCAUCAAAAAUCAAAUCACUGAAAUCUCAUUGAAUAUAUGGAAUAAACUAUUUUGGCAAAU